GUGAAGUUGUUCUGUAACUGCGGUGACCUCACUGGGAGAGGAUAUCAGGAGGCAGACCUCUUAUCAAAAAUCCUCUGCCUCCUUCGGCCCCAGAAAAUAAAACAUCGCAUCGGACGGGCCUUUUUAUUUAUUUGAUACGCGACCAUCGAUUUGCGAACAUCGAGUUUCUUUCAUUUCUAUCCUCCUGCGAUAAUCUGCUGCUGUUCGCUGUCAAUCCGCUCUGUCGCUCUCUUCCUGCUUCUUCUUCUAAAACGAUACCGCAUCCAUCGGUCGAGUGCUGCACCACGAAUUUGUUCUUUGGUUUUUAUCACGCAAGAGAUGGAGGUGUGCAACAGGGAGAACGUGAUCACCGACGUGGAUCUGAUCAAGAGGUUCGGCGACAAUUUGCCGGUUGCGAAUAAUCUGGACGAACUCAUCGAGGAACUGAACAAGAUCUUCGCCAGCGACGAAGUUAACAUUGAACUUGUAGACUACAUUCUACGCACGUACAAAUCCAACGUCGACGAUUGGAAAAAGUUCGCCAAGUUUGACAGAUAUAGAUACACUCGAAACCUUGUGAACAGUGGAAACGGCAAGUACAAUUUGAUCCUUCUGUGCUGGGGCGAAGGUCAGGGCUCCAGCAUCCAUGACCAUGCCAAUGCUCACUGCUUUAUGAAGAUGCUCCAAGGAGAACUACAGGAAAUCCGCUACGAAUGGCCCAAGCAGCAAGGCGAGGAACUCCAAGAAAUGGGCAGAACCAUACUGAAGGAAAACAGCGUUUGCUACAUCAACGAUGAGCAAGGAUUGCACAGGGUGGAGAACGUGUCCCACACGGAUCCAGCCAUAAGCCUGCAUCUCUAUUCGCCACCCUUCGACACGUGCCACAUGUUCGACAAGAAGACUGGUCGUAAAACCGCCAGCAAAGUUACCUUCUGGUCCAUGUAUGGGAAAAAGGAGUCUCAAGAAUAAUUCGACGAGAUAUCUUCGCAAUCGCUGUUGCUUAACUUAUUGAAAUGAAUUUUAAUCUUUUGGCUGAUUUUGUGUUAAAUGUAUUUUAAUCUUUUAUACGUGACUUGC